AUGGCUCGCCACUUGAACAGCCUUCCAAGCAUGGAUAGGGAAGGAGAUUCGAAUAUGGACUCAUCUCAGAUGUCCCAAUUGAGCCUGGAAGAUCUAUCGGAACAGGACCUGUUGAAACUGGCAACACUCCUAUUCGAACGAGCCCGACGGGAAGAGGACUGCAAUAGCCUAACCGGCGGCAACGAGCUGGACCUUGGAGCAGUGCGCGAGAUACACGACAUAAAACGGGACUGGGAAGCGAUGAAAAAAAGCAACAGUGAGUGCAGGCGGGAACUCCGCGUACUGAAGGGUGCCAUUAAGGCCGCAGAGAACAGAUGCAAGGAGCUCCAAAAAGAGAAAUCCGCGAAUUACAGCCAGAUCGAGGAUCUGCAGAAGGAGGCAGAGAUGCAGGCUCGAGAGAUUCAGGAGUUGAAACGGUCUUACCAGGAAACCCUGCGGAAGUAUCAGAAGAACGAGGCGUAUAUCCGGAGAGCGGAGGAGGAGUACGAGCGGCUGGACAAAGAGGGCGCCACGGGCAAGAGGCGUAUGAACGCUCUGCUCCAUCAGGAGAAGAAGCUGCAGAAACUAAUCAAUGAUAGAGACAAGCAGGUCAGGGACCUUCGACAGAAAUGCCGAUCACUCAUCGACAAGAUUAGAUGGUUGGAGCAGGACAGGAAUGCGUGUCGGAUGGGCUGGGCGACGUUCGAGGUGGAGGAGAGCGGACGCAAUCUGAGGGAUGAGAACCGGAUGCUGAAGACGAAGCUGGUAAGUGCCCUAGAGAUGAUGCGUCAAACUGAAGCAGCCUUUACAAAGCUGAGCAACGAAGCUGCUGUUCACCAUGCCCUGUCGCAAGCAGCUGGAUUAUCCACCGACGGUGAGCCUCAGCCGCAGCAGCCAGUGUCGGCCGAGCUGGAAAUGAUCGAUCUUCCCCGGGAGGCGACUUCUACGGAGAUCACGAUGCUGGAUGCAGCAGAUACAGAACCAGAUAAACUGCAGCUUUAUCUGGAGCGCAUUAUGCGGCCAGAAGACGACUGCGUCGACGACGCUGCCUCGGACUUGGACGCUUCCAUCACUGCCCAUUCUGCUAGGGCUGGUGCGAUGGGCUCACCACGACUACCAAUGCCCAAGAUGUCGAUGCCACGAUAUCUCCAGGGGGGUAAGCAGUCUGCCCCAGCACCAGAACCGAUGGAUGUCCAUGCUGACCCGGCGCUGAUACAAUCGGAGUGGAUAAGAAUGAUAAUGAAAGAGCAUGAGCGCAACGGAACAACGCCGCCGUCGUGGGAAGAAUUGUCCGGGCUCCAGGUUGCUGAACCGUCUCGAAAACGAGCAAAAUGCGGUUCGAUGGAUCCAGAAGACCUGUGUCUACCUGCACCCAUCGGACAAUUGGAUCUUUGCAAUUCCUGCGGACGUGCCGGUCUACCUCCUGGCGCCAAUUACAGUACCACAUUGUCUCCAACAUCAUACCAAUCGCCCCUGAAGCGAUCUCGUAUGGAAACACUGCAACCAGUGAAGCUAACCAGGCCAACGAAAAACAAUGUAAAACGCCAGAACGAGAAGGUGAAGCUCAAGCUGGACCGGAUACCGAACCCGAAGCCGAUCCAAUGCGACCAUUCGUCGGAGUCGUCGCACUCAACGGUGAGGCCGCUCUCCCCCAUCAUCACCACAGGAGACUUCCCGCCAAUGCCAAGAUUAGAAGAUGAUUGCAGGCUGCUCCAGACCUUCCGUAACGUGGUCCAGAAGACGCAGCGAAAGCAUCCGCAGGGCUGGUGGCCUGUCGUUCUGGGAAGUGUUGCUCUUCUGACGCUGUACUCGUGGUACAUCGUCAAGUCGAUCCUGGAAACCAGUAGGUGGAUGAGGGCAAAUGAUGUGCCGGCGAAUGUCCUGAUGGCACUGCAGGAGAAGCGAUUGACUGAGAUUCAGUGGGUGCAGACGUUGGAUUAUCGGAUGGCGCAAUGGUUGGAUAUUGAUAGGGUUGCACUUGGGUAG